AAAGCUUCCGCAGGCUUUCGACUCUGCAGCCGCGGCAGAACGUCUCCGGGAUUUCGUCCCAAAACAAGGAGGAGGUCCAAGUGGGCGAGCAGCCGCUUUUGUUUUGCUUCAAGGCGAAUUCCUGCAAAACUGCCACAAUUCUGGCUGUAAAGCAUUUGAGCAGCGCGCCCGCUGCAAACACCAGCCCCAAAGCGUGAGCUCGUUUAGGCGAUGGGAUCGGUGUUAAGCGGCGACGGACGGGAGACGGCGAGGACGCCGGGUGCUGGCGGCCUCCAAGGCAGUAUCCAGUUCCCACAACCGUCAGAUCGAGCAGGAGACGUGGAAGAGCAGCAACUUCCUUCUUUUGACUGCGCUAUCUGCUUGGAGGUGCUCGACCAGCCCGUGAGGACCAGAUGUGGCCACAUAUUUUGUCAGUCUUGUAUUGCAACAUGUUUAAGAAAUAAUACAUGGACGUGCCCAUAUUGCCGAGCAUAUCUUCCUUCUGAAGGGAUUCCAGCAACUGAUAUUAUCAAAAUGAUGAAAAAUACACACCAAAACUGUACAGAAUGUAAAACACAGGUAUGCCUUAGUGAAAUGAGAGCUCAUUUGAGGACUUGUGACCAAUACAUAGAAAAAUAUGGGCCUCUACAAGAAGUUGCAUAUCCUGAAAAAAGAUAUCCUUGUCCUUUCUGUCAGUAUGAAUUGGAUGAAAACGAUCUCUUGGACCAUUUUCUCACUUUUCACAGAACUGAAAGAAGACCAGUGUACUGUCCAAUCUGUCGUUUACUACCUGGUAGUAGUCCGAGUUAUUACAGCAGGAAUUUUAUAAGGCAUCUUCAGCUCAGACAUACAUUCUAUUAUGAAGAUUAUAUAGACAUAAAUAUUGUAGAAGAAGUUCUCAUUGAAAGAGUCCUAGACCGAUCAAUUUUAGAGUAUGUACAUGUGAAUAAUCCAGGUACUGCAUGAUCAUCACAAAUGAAUUUGAAGAUUAGUCAAAUGGAUUACAUUAUGAAUUAAAAUGUUGUUUGUUUGUACUGUUAUUAACUAGUAACAUACAAAUUUUGAAUUUUAAAUAUUUCAUGUGUGAAACAUUCCAUUUCAAGUAUGAAACAACUGUUCUGACCAUUCCAUUUAAAACAAAGCUAUUUAAAUUUCAGAUUCAAAAUGAGAUGUUUCAAGAAUGAAACCUUUUGUGUAUCAUUUACUGUCAAUUUCCUUAAGUCUAUAAUUCAUUUCUAUAAUCGCUAAUUACAUUUAGGUUUCAAAAAUCCAUUAUUUUCCUUAAACAGCAUAUAGACGUUAGCAUCAAGAUAAUCUUAAUUGGUUGUGAAUUACUGAGACUGAAUGCAUAUCAGGACCCUUCUCAGUAUGCUUCUGAGUUCUGCCACCAUUCAUUAAUUUCAGAUGUGGAGAAUCUGUUCAAACACUUUUCAGAUGUGGAAAAACCUGUUCAAACACUUUCAAGAAAUCUUUGUUUGCCUCUGAUCAAUCUUUCUAUAUGGUAUUACACAGGCCAGUCAGUACACAAGACCUUAAUGAGGAUCAAUUAAUAUCCAGAUUUUUAUACCACCACAGUAUAAAAAUAGUCAAAGGAACUUAUGAAAGCAAAACAUUUAUUUACAGUUUUGUUGGUGCAGCAAAUUUAGCAUUUGCUUUAAACAAGUUGGCAUGUGAGAGUGUUUUUAGUAGGCUACAAAACUCUUUAUAAUUCUAAUUCAUUCUCAUCCUUAAAUUUCAACAUUAGGGAAAGGCUUGUUUUUCAAUUUACACAUGAAAAAUCAAGAAACAACUUUCAGAAUCAAAAUCCAGUUUUAAGUUUGUCUAAUUAUUCAUUUAUGCCAGGUGCUAGGUUCUUUCAGUGGGAAGUAAUUCUUCAGAAUAUGGAUUGUUACUGCCCAUUUUUCCUAAAGCAAAAGAUACUAUCAGGCUUUCACCUAGUUUUGAAAAAAAGUGACCAAAGCUCAGAUCAUCUUGUGACUGCAUUUCUAAGAGAAGGACAGAGUAUUUAUGAUCAUGAAAAUGUUGCAAUGCCAAUGAGCAACUAUUUACUUUUUAAAACAUUGCAUCAUUUCUCAGAGAGAAAACUAUAAUUUGGCAAACAAGAGUACAUCAUUACAUAGUCCUGGUGACUUAAUUGGAUAUAUUAAUGCUAUAUCUUAUAUUGACAGCAGUUGGACAGUUGGGUACAGCAUAUUUCCAUAAGGGAAAACCAUAACUCAAUCAGUUAAACAGUACUCAAAACUAGGAUUAGCAGGAGAGUGUGUCUUUCCAUCUUACUCUAUGCUGUAUAACAUAUUCAGAAUGUUUUGCAGAACUCUGUAAAACAAAUUAAAUUUAUAUAAUUUUAAAAAGCAUUUCCAAUAAUGCCAUUGACUGUAAAUGUUUUGUAAAAACUGUACAUUCAUGCACAAAUAUAUGCACUGAUGAAAGUUUCUAGAAGUUAUUCUUAAAUUAUCUGUAUAUAAAACAUUCAAGACUGAAUGAGUGACGUAUUUACUAAUCAAGAACAAUGUGAAAUGGUGGGCCCCGAUUCUAGCUUCUCUUAUUGACCAUACUGCAUGUGUUCCCAAAGAUUGGGGAGUAGCAAUAAUAAUCCUUAUAUUUAAGAAGGGUGAGAGAAAGUUACCUCAAAACUAUAGACUUAUUAACCUGCUGAAUAUAGUUAGCAAGCUGUAUGACAGACAUCUAUAUGGUUAACUAGUGGAUUGGAUGGACUUUGAAAAUAUCUUAGUAGAGCAGUAUUUAGCUUUCACCCAAGCCAUUCUGUUCUACACCCAAUCUUUACACUGUCCCAGUAAAUAACUUCUAAACUGAUUUAAGAUCUGCAUUUGACCUGAUUUUGAGGGAGAAACUUUGGCACAAAUUGUUGUCAUUGACAAUUGAUCAAUGUCUAUUUCUCCUGAUGUCAAGACUAUAUGAAAAUGCCUACUUACGGAUCUGAUGCAGUACCCAAGGGUACUUUACUAAAGAAAUUCCCACUUUUAAAGGUGUUGGGCUGCUGUUUAACUUCUGCAUUAACCCACUGAUUGCUCACGAAGAUGAUCUAGACCAGUGUUUCUCAAUCUCAGCGACUUCAAGAUGUGUGGACUUUAACUCCAGAAUUCCCCAGUCAGCAUUGGGGAAGGUUGUGAAGUUUGUGAAGUGUUUCUCAACCU